UGUUAGAUGUUUAUACCUGAAUUUUAUAAACGACUGGAGUACUCCUUCUGUGAAGGAUAAUAGUCCACAGACUAAUAUCUCAACCCUUCAUAACCAAAAAAAAUAAUUGAUCAGAGCAAAAUGCAUUCAGUAUCUAUCAUCCGAGGUCAGUUGGUCUUUUUUAUAGUAUUACAAGUUUUCGCGGUGGAAGCAGAAGUAAUAGCAGCAGCUAGAGUGGUACAAUCAGCAUCAGCAGAAACAAGAUCAGUGACUGGUAAUACCAAUAUGACAGCUAAAGCGGGUUGCAAAGAAAGAUGUGGGAACGUGAGUAUUCCAUAUCCAUUCGGAAUGGGUACUAGUAAUUGUUACCGUGAUGUGAGAUUUAAAAUCAAUUGCAGUAAUUUCAACAAUUCUCCGGUUGCAUUAUUUAAUGGGUGGGAAGUUUUCCAAAUCACGCCUGAUUAUGUUCGUGUCAAUAUACAAGCAAAUGUCACCUGUGGCUAUGGUAAUACUACUGGUACAAUUCAAGUAUCCAAAUUUCCAUUCCCCGUUUCCAAUACUCUCAAUAAGUUAACAGUCCUUGGUUGUAACAUUUACGGUUUCAUCAGUAAUAUUGGUGAACAAUCUAACCCUAUUAGUUACAACUCUAUAAGCAGUGGGUGUUUAUCUCGUUGCAACGCCGAGGUAAAUAUUUCUGACAUAACAUCUAAGUGUUCUAGUUAUGGCUGUUGUCAGGAAACAAUCCCGAGUAAACUUAAAAAUUUCAUGAUACAAACAAAUGAAGUCUUGCUACAUAACAAUGGUUAUAAUUCAACUAUUAGUACUAAUGAUGCAUGCAGCAGUGCUUUUCUGGUCGACCAAGCCUUCUCUAUUCCGGAUAUAAGAUCGUUAAAGGAAGACUCUUUCGUUCCUGUUAUCUUGGAUUGGGCAAUAACCGAUUUUACUACAUGCAAGGAAGCUCAAAAAACCCGUAGCUCAUAUGUUUGUGGUGAAAAUACUAACUGCCUUGAGUGGCAGAAUGGCCCGGGCUAUCGCUGCAACUGUUCAAAAGGCUACCAAGGAAAUCCUUACCUUCUCCAUGGAUGUCAAGAUGUUGACGAAUGCAAAGAACUUGACAAAUGUGGAAAAGGAGUUAUUUGCACCAAUACACUGGGGAGUUACAACUGUAUGGCUGACGACGAUCGAAAAUUUCCAGUUAGUCGGGUUGUUUCACUAGUUAUUGGAACAAGCAUAGUUACAAUACUUUUGCUCUGGAUGGGCUACAGGCUGUACAUUAGAUUUGAGAAGAAAAGGCAAAUAAAACUAACUAAGACGAACCACUUUGCGAGAAAUGGCGGGUUAAUGUUAAAGAAAAUGGUAACUCCAAAUGAUGGUGUAGGUGAAAAGACAAUCAAAGUCUUUAUUACCGAAGAAUUAGAUAAGAUGACAAAUAACUUCAGCACGAGUAGAAUUAUUGGCAAAGGAGGCUUUGGUACAGUUUAUACAGGCGUGUUACCAAAUGGGGAAACAGUGGCCAUUAAAAAAUCAAAAUUGGUGGACGAAAACCAAGUUGAACAGUUCAUUAACGAACUUGUUAUUCUUUCGCAAAUCAAUCACAGGUACAUAGUAAAAUUGCUAGGUUGUUGUUUAGAAACCCACGUUCCUUUGUUGGUUUAUGAGUUUGUGUCUAACGGGACACUCUCAUACCAUCUCCAUGUAGAAGCGGGAGAUAGUGAAUCAUCCCUAGCAUGGAAAAAUCGUGUGAGGAUUGCCUCUGAGAUAGCAGGAGCCCUUGCAUAUUUACACUCAGACACAUCUACUCCAAUCUUCCAUAGAGACAUCAAAUCCACCAAUAUACUCUUGGAUGAGAACUACAAGGUUAAGGUUUCCGACUUCGGCAUUUCUAGAUCAAUACAUAGAGAUGAAACCCACUUAACUACACUGGUGCAAGGAACCUUCGGUUACUUGGACCCUGAAUACUUUAGCUCAAGCCAGUUCACUGAUAAGAGUGAUGUGUAUAGCUUUGGAGUAAUUCUUGUUGAGCUCUUAACAGGAGAAAAGGCGAUUUCUAAAACAAGAUUCGCGGAGCAGAAAAGUUUAGCAUUAUAUUUCGUAAAAUCAAUGGAGGGAAAUCGUUUAUCAGAGAUAUUAGAUGCUCGGGUUUGUCAUGAAGGAAGCAAAGAUGAUGUUUUACUUGUUGCUCAACUUGCCAAGAAAUGCUUGAACAUUGUAGGAAAGAAAAGACCGACCAUGAAAGAAGUAUCUUUAACUUUGGCGGUUUGCAUGAGAAACUUUCAAGAGAUUCCUUGCACUGAUUGAAUUUGCCAAGAUUUGUUUCAUCAUAGGCAAGUCUUUCUGCAUUUAAUAAUAUCCUGUAUCAUCUUUGUUCGAAACAUUUGUGUUCGCUUGGUUUUUGUAUGAUAAAUAUAUGGCAUGUAGGAAAUUUCGAGGAUACGUACCUUGUCU